AACAACAACUAUUCUGCCGAUUUGACUCUGACCUCACGAAAAUGGAGUCUCUUUCUGGAGAGCUCGAGAGGCUACGACUUAGUAGCAGUGCUCUCGAUGACGAUGCGGGCUGGAUAGAUUCAAUUGCUGGCGAGCAGCGGCCACCUAAGCGUCAGCGAAAAACCAAAGAAGGUAUCAAGAAGGAAUUGGAACAUGAAUUUCUCACGCCAUCGCGGUCUUUCAACACGCAGUGGUUGAACAAGCUACAGCAGCGAUGGGAUGCGCCAACGAACUAUCGCAGUCUCUUCCAGAUCGCCCCAACCCAGACACGCACGAUCAUCCGAUUCACGCGUGAAGGCCUUGAAGGCCGUGUGACAGGAUACAAGGAGGUCACUGUACCAGCAAACUCAGCAACAGCCAAGAACUCUACCUCACUUCUCAGAAAGCCAGCUAACAGGGCCGAGUUUGUUCGUGGCGCAGCUGGCUUCUUUCCUUUCGCUCCAGGUGGCCUUGACGGCGUAGAAGCAAUUGCAGCUAUCGAGGAUGAGGCAAUCAUGCAGCAAGACCACGGGAAUGCUAAGAAAGCCGGGGGACUAGACCGGGUUAUUAAUUUUAGUGCUGAGGGUGGUCUACUGGAAGUUGCGCCUGGAUUCACGCGUGGUCUAGACUUCGGAAAGAAACAGGUUACGGAUACCAAGACAGCCAAAGAGGUGGAAGAAGCUCUAGGAGAAGCAUCUGUGAACGUCAAAAGUGCCGACGCUGAUGAAGAUGAGGAAGAGGAGCCUGAAGCCAACAGGAAUGAAUUGCCUGACGAGGAAGGUCAAAUUCCCGGAGAAGAGGAGAUUGACGCUCUACUACCUGUUGAAUUUCCUGCCCUAGCUCCCCAUGGUACGCUUGCGAUGGGCGCCGGCAGAAAGGGAGGACGAGAGUGGGCUCAUAUGGUCGACGUCAAUCGCGACAUCACCAACUUCCACGAGCUUGUUCCUGAAAUGGCACGCGAGUACCCAUUUGAACUUGAUACCUUCCAGAAAGAGGCUGUAUAUCACCUUGAGAACGGCGACUCAGUCUUUGUAGCUGCUCAUACCUCUGCUGGAAAGACCGUCGUAGCAGAGUACGCUAUUGCACUUGCUGCAAAACACAUGACCAAGGCAAUCUACACUUCUCCUAUCAAGGCUCUCAGUAAUCAGAAGUUUCGAGACUUUCGCCUUACUUUCGAUGAUGUCGGAAUUCUUACUGGAGAUGUGCAGAUACGGCCCGAAGCCAGCUGUCUCAUCAUGACGACCGAAAUUCUUCGAAGUAUGCUGUAUCGAGGAGCAGAUCUCAUCCGAGACGUGGAAUUUGUCAUUUUUGAUGAAGUCCAUUACGUCAAUGACCUGGAGCGAGGUGUGGUAUGGGAGGAGGUCAUCAUUAUGCUGCCAGAACAUGUCACUCUCAUUCUGCUUUCGGCCACCGUUCCCAACACACACGAGUUUGCAUCUUGGGUGGGCCGUACAAAGAAGAAGGAUAUCUACGUCAUAUCGACCGCGAAGCGUCCUAUUCCACUUGAACAUUAUCUCUGGGCUGGCAAGGGUAUGCACAAAAUUGUCACAGCUGAUAAGAAGUUCAUUGACAACGGCUGGAAAGACGCAAAUGAUGCUCUUUCUGGUAAAGACAAAGUAAAGGCACCACCGCCGGCCAAGGAAGCUCCAGCUGGCAGAGGCGGUGGUGGUCGCGGAGGGCCACCUGCCAGAGGAGGCCAAAAUCAGCGAGGGAGAGGUCAGCAGAAUGGAGGCCGGGGUGGACCGACUCGCGGCGGAGGUCCACCGGCGAAUCGAGGACGUGGCAACAUUGCCAGGACUGGCCGUGGCGGAGGCCGAACCACAGCCGCCCAAGAUCGUAACAUAUGGGUCCAUCUCAUUCAACACCUUCGAAGCAAAGAGCUUUUGCCGGCUUGUAUAUUUGUAUUCUCCAAGAAACGUUGCGAAGAAAACGCCGAGGCGUUAUCGAACAUCGACUAUUGCACGGCUGCAGAGAAAAGCGCGAUUCAUAUGACUAUCGAGAAGUCUUUAGCUAGGUUGAGUCGCGAAGACCGAGACCUUCCGCAAAUCAAGCGCCUAAGAGAGUUGCUCAGUCGAGGCAUUGCAGUCCAUCAUGGCGGCAUGCUACCUAUUGUCAAAGAAGUGGUUGAGAUCCUCUUUGCUAAAACUCUGGUAAAGGUGCUCUUUGCGACAGAGACGUUUGCUAUGGGUCUCAACCUUCCGACAAGAACGGUAGUCUUCUCCGGAUUCCGUAAGCAUGAUGGUCGUGAGUUUCGUGAUCUCCUUCCUGGCGAAUACACCCAAAUGGCUGGUCGUGCUGGCCGAAGAGGUCUGGAUACAGUGGGCACUGUCAUCAUCUGCGCACCAGGAGCGGAUGAGGCACCACCCGCUGCGAGGCUAAGGCAGAUGAUGCUGGGUGAACCGACCAAGCUAAGAUCGCAAUUUCGUCUCACGUAUAACAUGAUGUUGAAUCUUCUGCGCGUUGAAGCUCUGAAGAUCGAGGAGAUGAUCAAACGUAGCUUCAGUGAGAAUGCCACUCAAGCUUUGCUGCCAGAGCAUCAGAAACAAGUCAAGGUUUCCGAAGCUGAUCUUGAAAAGAUCAAGCGUGAACCUUGUAAAAUAUGCGAUAUCGACCUUGAGGCGUGCCAUCAGGCAUGCGAAGAUUACAAGCGCUUGACUAAUGAGAUGCACUUAAGUCUUCUUAUCAACCCAGUGGGACGAAGAGUUCUAGGGAGGAACAGGCUGAUAGUAUACAAGAAGGAUAACAAACGCACAGCGGGUAUGCUCCUUCAGGACGGUACAAGUAAAGGAAACGAACCUAGUGUCAAAGUCUUAGAGGUUGCUCAGCAUCAGGAACGUAAAGCUGACGACCUCUUGCCCUAUCUGAGCCCAUUUGCGAAGUACUUCCGAACGUUGCCAAAUAACCCGAAGGAUCUAAUAUUGAAGACCGAGCUCGUCCCGCUCAACGAUAUCGAGUGCUUCACCAAAUCCAUCAUAGAGAUCCCUGAAUCUGUUCAGAAUCUCAGCCGAAAGAAGGAUAUCCUGAAGCUGGCUCAAGACCAGUUUCUACCCUUGUGUCAAUCGUGGAACUACGAAGAUUGGGAUGAGUACGACUACGGUCGUAUCAAAAGUCUCAAAUUCCGCGACUUGGAAGACGCUCGAAAGAGAGAAGGACAAAAUGCCGCCAACAAAGAGUGCUUGAAGUGUCCCAACUUCUUAAAACAUUUCUCAAUGGAACAUGACCAGUGGCUCAUUAAAGAAAAUAUCCUUUCUCUCCGACAACUCAUGUCGGACCAGAACCUUCAACUGUUACCCGACUAUGAACAGAGAAUUCACGUGUUGAAGGAUCUCGGCUUUAUUGACGAGGGUUCCCGUGUGGAGCUCAAGGGCAAAGUAGCCUGCGAGAUCCACUCCGCCGAUGAGCUAGUCCUCACCGAACUCGUGUUGGAAAAUGUCCUCGCCGAAUACGAGCCCGAGGAAAUCGUCGCCCUCCUCUCCGCAUUCGUGUUUCAAGAGAAAACCGAUACCGAGCCCACCCUAACAGCAAGCUUAGAACGCGGCGUUGCCAAAAUCGUUGAGAUCUCCGAGAAAGUCAACGAGAUCCAGACCUUACAUCAGGUCAUCCUGUCUGCAGAUGACUCUAACGACUUUGUGAGCAAGCCCCGCUUCGGUAUGGUCGAAGUUGUGUAUGAGUGGGCGCGUGGCAUGUCGUUUAACCGCAUCACGGAUUUGACGGAUGUGAUGGAGGGUACAAUUGUCCGCGUGAUUACGAGACUGGACGAGACGUGUCGCGAAGUUAAAAAUGCGGCGAGGAUUAUUGGAGACCCGACGCUGUUCCAAAAGAUGGGGACGUGUCAGGAACUGAUCAAACGAGACAUCUGCAACUGCGCGAGCUUGUACCUGUAAAGGUGGAGUGUUUCAGACCACAUGGUUGACCCUAGAGUUCAAGAGGUGGGGCAGCAUUUUGAGACAUGCCGUCUUGGGCAUGGAGCGCGACCUCAGCAUGAGAAUGCGGGAUGCCUUGGGCUUGUGUAUUUUCCACGCAUAAGGUAUACUGACCGACUCCUCUUUAAAAUGAGCGCAUUGCGUUGCACAGCAAACAUAGUACAUUAUAACAUAUCAACGAACAGUUGCACAUCCAGC